AUGCGCCCCCCGCUCCGGAUCGCCAUCCUUGAAUGCGACACUCCAAUAGAAAGCGUGGAUGAAAGGUAUAAUGGCUACUACGGCCUAUUUUCUCAACUUUUCCGUGAAUGCGCCAAGUCCCUGGGAUUAGAUCCCGAGGCUGACCUUGACAUUACUCGAUGGGACGUCGUGCAUGCGCAAGAGUAUCCCAGAUUAGAGGAUGUUGAUGCGAUCGUGCAGACUGGAUCUAAAUAUGACUCCUUCGAAAGCGACCCUUGGAUCCUCAAAUUAGUCGAAUAUACCAAGACAGCCCUCAAAGAUAACCGCGUCAAACUCCUCGGCAUCUGCUUCGGACACCAGAUCAUCGGCCGCUCACUCGGCGUCAAAGUCGGCCGCAGCGAUGCCGGCUGGGAGAUUGCAGUCUGUGACGUGGACCUGACUGAUCAGGCGAAGAAACUCUUUGGAAAGGAUAAACUGCGCAUCCACCAAAUGCACCGAGACGUCGUCCACAGCUGUCCCCCGAACGUGAUACCCCUGGGCUCCUCGCCCAAAUGCGCCCUACAGGGCAUGUACCUUCCGGGCAAAUUAAUAACAGUCCAGGGUCAUCCGGAAUACAACGGGUUCAUCGUUACCGAGAUUGUCAACAAGCGGACCCGGGAUGGCGUUUUCUCGAAAGAGAUGAGUGAUGAUGCACUGGCUAGGGCGGAGCUGGAGCAUGAUGGGCUCGAUAUUUUGGGUAUUUUCUUGCAGUUCUUGCUUGGGGAGGUUGUAUAA